AUGGUUCACUACUCACUUGAUCCAGAAAACCCUACAGAGUCAUGCAAAUCAAGAGGUUCAAAUCUCCGUGUUCAUUUGAAGAACCCUCGUGAAACAGCCCAAGCCACCAAGGGUAAGCAUAUCCGAAAAGCCACCAAGUAUCUGAAGGAUGUCACUUGACAGAAGCAGAGCAUGGCAUUCUGUCCUUCCAAUGGUGGUGCUAAAAGUGUGUCAACAGUGGGUCGUUGGCCAAAAAAGAGUGCUGAAUUCUUACUGCAAGUGCUUAAAUAUGCAGCGAGUAAUGUCGAACUCCUUAGGGACUUUGUUCACCUCGAAGUGCUCAAUGACUGGAGAAUCUACGAUCUAGAGGUGUACAAAGUCCCUAAGAUGAGUAGCAAAACUUCCAGAACGCAUGUUGAAUUUAACCCAUUCAUGAGCUCCACCAGCCACAUCGAGAUGAUCCUUUCUAAAAAAGAGCAGAUUGUCCCUAAACUAGAAGAGGAGGUUGCACAAAGAAAAAAAUCCCAGAAGAAAUUGAAGAAACAAAAACUUAUGGCCAGGAUCCCGGUGCUGCCAGCUGGAGGGCUGGUGAGGCAAGAGCAGCUCCGAAGCCAGGUCUUCCUGGGGUCUGUGCCAAGCCCCCUGGAUCCCGGGGGCUCGGAGGCCCGGAAGGCCCGGCCCUGGCACGGCCAGCUCUCUCGGCAGCCCAUGGCAGUUGGUUCCCUGAACUCCCCAGCUGCUCAAUUAGCAGCAAAUCAAGAUGUUCAGAUGGUGCAGCCACACACCGGGCACGCCAGACCCCCCACCUCCCCGCUGAGGCCGCCAGAUUGUGCCUGUGUUGGCUACCAACUUCCUGUCAGCCUCACAGGCCUCUUUGUGGCGCCAGUCUCCUCUCUGAAUUCUCAAAGUCCUUUUUACCCUCUGGCUGCAGUCCCGCCUGCUGUCCGCGCCUGUCCUGAGGGCGGGAGGGCCACCGCGCCUGCCAACAGGUUCUCGCUCAUUAGCAGAGCCCCCUCCUGGCGAGUGGAGGCAGAGCGGCCGCUGGGUGGGGUGCCCGUGGCUCCGCGUCCCGCCUCCUCUCUGGCCUGGGGCUGUGCUGCAGCCCCUUCCCAGCCCAGCCGAGGUUCAGCUUCGCUGGGGGCUUUGGCGGCUGUGCCUCCCCCGCAUGCCGAGGUAAUGUACUACCUGAGGCAUGACCUGCACGCACAGCAAUCUUUGGAUUAUGACUCUGGCAAAGAAUAUACCACGCAGGUGAAUUGGCAGUGA